AUAGAGCGAAUUAUAAAUAAUUUCGUAAGCGCCAGUAAUAAAGCCGAUAGAUAAACCGCGCAACUGUUGUAAACGCGCCAGAAACAGACUGUUGUUUUGUGCGAAACCGGCACAUUGUUUUAUUUAAAAGUGAGAUUACUACGAUCUUUUUUGUUUAUCGGAGAGACUUCGAUAUCACAAAAAAUGAGCAAGGAACAGACAGAAUUUGAAGAGGAAGAGUACGUAGAUGUCCGGUCACUGCCGCUGAAACCGCCACAGCCGCAGCUGCAGCCCGAGCGUGCUUCACGCCGCCCGUGGCACCCCGUCAUGUGGGACAACUCCAUCAUCGGAUUGCCUACGCCUGACCAGGAGCUCACUGACCAGGAGAAAAAGAGACAAACAACUCAGCAGCGCGAAUACCCCCAUAAGCAGCGCAUACGCAAUCUUCGGCGUCUGAUUGAGCAGGGCAAAGUGAAGCCGGACUCAGAGAUGCUCAUUUUCUUCCUUUGCAACAAGUUCGCCGUCUCCGACGAACGGGAGAAAAAAGUCUCUUGCUAAUAUUUCUUAUUAUUUAUUAUAAACGCUGGCGGGUUAUACUAUAUAUAUAACAAGCCCAUACAAAGUUUAUAAACUGGUUUACAGUAGCAGGUUGACAAAUUUAUGCUACAUUCCUAAUGUUUAGGAUGCGUUUCACAAAAAAAAUAUUCUGCUCAGUUUCAAACGGCCAGUUGCAUUGCUAAAGCAAAAAUCAUGUAAAUAUGAGACCUUGAUGACGGGCAGUUUUUGUCUUUACAAAAGCGUGGUGCUUAGGUAGAAAAGGGUUUAUUAUAUCUGGGGGUACGAGGCAGGGAAACGAAUUAGGUCUUUGUAAUCAGUUUCGUUUUUGUCCUUGGUUAACAGUAUUGACUUCAUUUUAGGACAACGCAUAAAAACCUUGGUACUGUGUUAUAAAUUGAUUUAUUUAUAGAGUGCAGUUUUGACAUGCGAUAGUAACUGGAUUCAUUACAUUUAAUGCUUGGUUUCUAUCAACUUGCAACACAUUGUUUAGGUUAUUUAUCGUAACGUUUUACAGUCGCAUUUCAAAACAGUACUUUAGGUUUAAAUUAUUUUGUACAAGGUAAAAUGGUGGGAUCAUACAAAUAGACAUUGAAAGAAAUGUAUUACUUGUGACACGCACUUGAAUAUAAGUUUAGAGUUGUACGAACCCAUCAUUUUUAGAAAUGUAAACUUGUAU